UCCCAGCCGUCGCUCCGUCUCGCUCACUCCUUCGCAGGCAGCGCUGGCAGGAUCGGGGCUGUGCCAGCGCCAGGGAGAGAGGCAGCAGCAUGCGUGCGGCGGCCGAGGCUGAGGGCACGAGAACCACGUAGGGAGCCCGGCGGAGCCCGUGCCCACCGCCACCACCGCCGUGGCCUCCUCGCUUCUCCGGGGACGCCGGGACAGCCGCAUGCAUGACACUCCGAAAAGGAGAGAAAACGACCAUAAGUAUCCAGGAGCACAUGGCUAUCGACGUCUGCCCCGGCCCCAUCAAACCCAUCAAGCAGAUCUCCGACUACUUCCCCCGCUUCCCUCGCGGGCUCCCCGCUGCCGUCGGCCGCAGCGGCGCCUUGCGCCCCGCCGUCAGCCAGCCCUCGGUCGGCCCCAGCGAGACGCCCCGCGAGGAUGACGAGGACGUGGACCAGCUCUUCGGGGCAUAUGGCACGACGCCCGCCCCGCCGCCAGCCAAGUGCCCCCCAGCCGAGGAGGCGGUGGACCCCGAGGGCUACGAGUCCGACGACUGCACUGCGCUGGGGACACUGGAUUUCAGCUUGCUCUACGACCAGGAGAACAACGCCCUGCACUGCACCAUCAACAAGGCCAAGGGCCUGAAGCCAAUGGAUCACAACGGGUUGGCUGACCCCUAUGUCAAGCUGCACUUGCUUCCCGGGGCCAGCAAGGCAAAUAAGCUGCGAACCAAGACGCUGCGCAACACGCUGAACCCCACCUGGAACGAAACACUCACCUACUAUGGCAUCACCGACGAGGACAUGAUCCGCAAAACGCUGCGGAUCUCUGUCUGCGAUGAGGACAAAUUCCGCCACAACGAGUUCAUUGGGGAGACGCGGAUCCCACUGAAGAAGCUGAAGCCCAACCAGACCAAAAACUUCAGUAUCUGCCUGGAGAAGCAGCUGCCGAUAGACAAAACAGAAGACAAGUCGCUGGAGGAGCGCGGCCGGAUCCUCAUCUCCCUCAAGUACAGCUCGCAGAAGCAGGGCCUGCUGGUGGGCAUCAUCCGCUGUGCCCACCUGGCUGCCAUGGAUGCCAACGGCUACUCCGACCCCUACGUCAAGACUUACUUGAAACCAGAUGAGGACAAGAAGUCAAAGCAUAAGACAGCAGUGAAGAAGAAGACACUGAACCCCGAAUUUAACGAGGAGUUCUGCUACGAGAUAAAGCACGGCGACCUGGCCAAAAAGACCUUAGAAGUCACCGUGUGGGACUAUGACAUUGGGAAAUCAAAUGACUUCAUAGGUGGAGUUGUGCUGGGAAUCAAUGCCAAAGGCGAGCGGCUGAAGCACUGGUUUGACUGCCUGAAGAACAAGGACAAGAAAAUCGAGCGCUGGCACACGCUAACGAACGAGCUGCCGGGGGCUGUCCUCAGUGACUGAGCUCCCCACGCUGCCUGGGCUCAUGGACUGGGCAGGAGGCAGCGCAGUGCUGCUCUGUGCUGGAGAGGGGAACGCGUCCCAGGGAGCAAGGCGGAGGCCACGUGCUCUGCUCAAUGGGUCCCAUCCCCUGCAGCUUUUCCAGAAUGCCUCUGUGCACCUUACACACACCCACAAGCAUGCACGUGCAUGCACACACACACAUGCAUAACCACGUGCUUGCACACACGUGCACGCACACACACACGCACUCAGCACGCACCUGCAUGCACACAGGUCUGACUCCUCUCCCAACUCGUCGCUGUACUGACUUACCUUCUUG